AUGGCUUCAAAGCCAAGCUCUACAGCUUCACCACUAUCGAGUCCACUACAUAUCACCAUUAGAUUCGCAGAUUCGAUUCCAGAUCUACUCUUGGAUAUUCCCACUCAUAACAACAUUACCGGUGUAGGAUUAAAACAUCUAAUUCGUUCGAAGCUUGAACCUCCUGCAUCACAGCGUCGAUUUCGUUUCAUAUACGGUGGAAAGUUCAUAGGAGAUGAUGAUUUCCUAACAGCUAUACUCAAAGUUCCGACAUCACCACCACGGGCUAUAGAUGCGAAAGGGAAGGGGAAAGGGAAAGGUUUAGAACCACCUCCAGCUAGGGUAUACAUCAACUGUUCAAUUGGUGAUGAUGUUCUCAGUCUCUCCGAUAUCGAUGCAGAAACGUUAGCAGCCACUACCGCAUUCAACAAGCCAAAAAAGGAAGAAUCAUCAGAUAUAGCUUCCGCGAGUCUCGGAGUACCAGCUUCAAGCACAACAGUUGCACCGCGUGGCUUCAAUCGAUUUCUCUCCGCAGGCUUUUCUCCAGCUGAAGUUAAUCAACUGCGACUUCAAUUCCAAUCAAUCCAAGCGAAUAUACAUACACCAGAUACUAUGCCGUCUCCUGAUACCUUGUUGCGGAUGGAAGAUUCUUGGAUAGAUAAUAAUGCAGGGAAUGGCGCGGGCGGAGCUGAGGGUGGUUUUGACUUUGGAGAUGAUGGUAUGGGGAGUGGGUUUGAUGACUUAUUAUGGGGCAACAUUAUAGGAUUUUUAUGGCCACUUGGGUGUGUGGUAUGGGUGUUAAGAGAACCUGGAAUAUUGUCAUCGCGGAGACAAAUUGCUGUCUUUACAGGUUUCCUUCUAAGUAUCACAUUUGGGUUUUUAAGGGUUCUUUCAUGA